AUGCCAUGGUCUUCUAUGGAGGAGGCGUUGCGGGCUUUCAAAAGAGGUGAAUUUGUGAUGGUGAUGGACAGCGAUGAUCGCGAGGACGAGUGUGACUUGAUUCUGCCGGCGGAGAGCGUGACGGCUGCGCAGAUGGCCUUCGCAAUUCGCCACACCACUGGGAUUGUUUGCAUCGUGGGCGAGAAGGAGAGACUAGAGCACUUUGGUUUGCAUCCUGCCACGACUCGAAAUACGGAUGCAAACGCUACCAAUUUCUAUGUUUCUACAGACUUUCUUCCAGGGACUUCCACUGGGGUGUCGGCAGCAGAUCGUGCAACGACAGCCAGAGCUUUGUGUGACCUCAAGAAUCAAGCGAAGGACUUCUCUAAGCCGGGUCAUCUUUUCCCGCUUUGCGCCCGGACCGGCGGAGUCCUCGAACGACCAGGGCACACGGAGUCCACGUACGACUUCUGUCGACUUGCCGGCUUGAUACCAGUCGGCGUCCUUGCGGAGUUGAUGCAUGAUGACGGAACUAUGUACCGGCGGGAUGAUAGCCUGGCCUUUGCCAGCGCUCACAACAUUCCGAUUGUAACAGUGGAGCAGAUUAUCAACUACAGACGCGAGCAUGGAGCCACCGCUCCAGCAUCAGUCUUUGAGGCCUUGGAGUCCGGCGCCGUCAAGGCAUUGGCUACCAAAGGCAGCGCAAGCCCAACUGCUGUGGUGGCCGCAUCGUGCGAUGCCAGGCCCGUCAAGCCGCCAACCUCGAAGCUAUGA